CUCAACCUUUACCAGCUCGGGAGAGGAGGCAGGAGCUCAGCUGGAGGGGAACUGGCUGUCCAGAACAGUCCCCUUCAGCUCUUUGGAAAGUACUUAGUUCCCUGAUGGGCCUUUGUGGGCCCUGUGGCGUGGGAGGUUUGGACAGGAGCUGAUUGGAGUCACCUCCGAGAGCCCGGGCUAACAUCAGAAUGAACCCUGACCUAGCUACAAAGUCUAGGGCAGAUUAUGCAGCUUGAUCUGGGAUUGCCUCUGUGUUAGAUAUUCCAUUGAAAAGAAAGAAGGAAAAAAGAAAAAGAAAUAUGCCUUGUUUAGCAGUGCUUCAUGGCUCCUAUCUGCUUGGUUGAAGGGACAAAAGCCAAAGGAGACUAUGGAAAAGGAAUUUCUGGGUGGAUUGGCCCUGAAGAGCCUCUCUUCUGAACAGACUUAACACUGAGCAGCUGUGAAAGGAGAAACCUAAAGCCGCCACCAUAUUUUGAUUGGACUCUGGGAGGUUGGAGGGAUCCUGUCUUCUCUCCUGGACCAGAACACCAGUUUGCCUGGCUGGGGCCAGCCUUUCCAGCUGGGAGGAAGGCCGAGGGAGAGGAUGUGCAUCUGGGGCCAAGAGCAGCCCACGCAGAUGAGGAGAUCAGGGUAGAAGAGGUUCACAGCAGGCCCACGACAUUCCCCCUUACCCUGCUGCUUCUGCCCCCCUGACCUUGGUUGGGAUCGUUAUCUGGCUUCUGCCCCUCUCUCGGCAAGGCUUUGUGCCUGCGCAUGAGGAGACUGUAGCCAUGUAAGCGAAGCUCUUUUCUUGUUGGCAUUCUGGCCACUGCGGGGAGAGGCUGCCUGCGCUCACUGCCUGGACCCAGCUGACCAACAUGCCCCGUGGUGGAUACCUAAGUCUUUGUUUCUGGUUUUGCCUUGGCAUUGUCGUGGGGAGUGAGGGCCUGGAGGCCCAGACCAAGGAGUGUGCCAUUACAGGGAGCCUCCGAGACAAGUUGCAGUAUAAGAAUCGGGUCCGGUACAUGAAACACUAUUUCCCCAUUGACUACAGGAUCAGCGUGCCCUACGAGGGAGUGCUCAGAUUGGCUAACAUCACCAGGCUGCAGCAGGCAGAGGUGAGCCAGCCAAAUCUUCGAUACCUGUGGGCCUCACUGAACUGCAACACUAUGGAGAUCAUCCAGAAUGUCCUAUUGGAAGAUCACCCAUCCUGGAAUUAUAUUAAGGAAAUAUAUGAACUUCUGAUCUACGUCCGGGAAAUUGCAAUGGACCUGCAGGUGGACCCACAGGUGGCAACAAUCUUGACUCUUGCAAACUCAGGCAGGGACCGGAAGUUGGUGAAGCCAAAGGCACUCCUUGACAACUGCUACAAAGUUAUGGACCUGCUCUACUGCUUGUGCUGUAAAGAGAGCAACAUCCACAACUGGGAAGACUGCGUGGUCCCCCAAGCUCAGCCUCACAGCCACCACCCCCCUCCCCAGUGUGCUGGCCCAGCCACUCUGCUCUACCGUCAUUCACGAGCCCAAACAUCCGUGGUGGCGGAGAGGGAGCUGAGGCCCCCCGAGGUGGAGGCUGCCCCUCCAGGGAAGGCCAAGCUGGGAGAAGAGCGCGUUAUACCCUGAGCAUGUCCUUCUGGUCUUGACUCUGCUCUGGAGCCCAGGGGGAAUGCUUGGGCCCAGCCUCUCAAGCCUCUCAGGCCUGAAAUUCUCACCUCAGCAUUUGGGAGGGAGGCCCUUGAAAUCCCCACCCCACCCCCAUUCCCAUCCUGGGAAUAGUCCCUUGUGGAGCAACUCAGAGAAGGAACCCCUCUUCCUUCUGGGGAGAUCUUGCCAGAGAAGAGCUAGGCUGUCUUCUUACUCACUUAUCCCCAAGAGCCUAGUCUCUCUCUCUUUUUCCUUUUGCCUCAGAAGCCCUUAGUGACUGGAGUUGGUGCGGGCAGGCCUCGAGCCCCUCCCAGAGGGCUCUGCCUAUGGAACAGGCCUGUCUUACUUGUCUGCUUUAGCCCUUGUCUUCAUGGUUGGGAAAUAGAUCCCAGGCCUCUGCCAGAAUGAAGAGAUGUGGGGCUCCUCAGUACCAAGAGAGCCGAGGCAGACCCCAGUGGAGUGGGGCAGAGUGUGCCGUCAGCGGCAGUAAAGCUGAGGAGUGGCUGAUGGGGGAGCAGCCUGAGCUUCUGACCCCAAAUUAGCCCCCGGUUGAGUCUGUGCCUUCAGUUUCAGUGAAAGUAAGAUCCAUCCCUGCCAUCUGCCUCCCUUCCAAGGGCGGAGGCCAAAAGCAGGAAGGGGAAUGUUGUAAAAGUGCUUUGAGCUCCUUGGAGCCAAGGAACACUGGGGAAAUGUAGGGCUGUUGCUGAGAUGGAGGAAGAGGGGAGCAAGCUUUCUGUAACGACACCCACCAGCUGUUCUCCAGAGCUGAUGGCCUGGGGUGCUAUUCCAGGAGAGCUAGGAGGUACCUAGGAAGGGGAAAAACUCGAGGCUGGUGAGCUUGCCGUAAGCCUACCUAGUACUGGAGAAUGCCCCCUGCCCAGUUGGGACAUAUCUCAGAGAAGGAAAACCACGUUCUGUAGAGUGAAGGGAGUGCUAGUAUUCCGAGGUCAAAGGAGGACGCCUAGAAAGGCUGGCAGAGAAGCUCGCUGGGCCAGAUUGCUGCAGGCCCUUUGGCCCGGGGUUGAGAAUGGUGGUGGAGUUCUUCUGGGAAGGGAGAAAAACUACGGGUCACUGCUCUUUGAGAGCUGCCAUCCCCUGAGGAAUGCUUCCAGGAGGCCCAGGGAGGAGCAUCUCAUCAGCUUCUGGGGCUGCUGCUCCCCUUGGCCUUCGGGAUCUGCUGGGGGUUCUGGGGGCUGCAUUUUGGUGUGUGUGUGGGGGAUUAGAGUGAGGGGCUGCCCUCACUUGAGACAACAGCUUGGGGACUGGGGAGGAGGAAUGGGGUGUAUUAAAAUGCCAUGUCUUGCCAUGCUGAUUCUUUUCCAUUUCUUUAAUUUUUUUUCUAUUAAAUCCUUGUUUUUCAUUUUA